UUUUCUUCCUUUACACGGAAGGGUUCUGCCUUUACACGGAAGGAAAAGAAAAGGGGAAAGGGGACAGGAGACAGGAAGUGAAGGGGAAGGCGCCAUUGUAUGUGGUGGAUGAGAAGAGAUUGAUAACGAUUGACAAUGAUGAGUAAGAUGAUAUGGGAAUCAAGAGCAUGUUUGUGUGAGUGCACCUUAUAAGCUCACCGAAACAUGCACCAAAUAUGUUGAGGAUUCUGCAUUCUGUUAGUAGUCAUCAUACGAGAGACUUCUAGGUUGUUUCUACUCCUAUUAGUAGAUUGUGAUUUGUCGCGUGACACUAAUUUGCUAACUUAUCAUUUGCUACUUAUAUUAAUUUGAUUUAUGAUUGUUUGUAAGUUAGACUUUUAUAAUGGAUUUUCUAGAUGGUGUUUGGUUUUCAUGUGUCUUCAGAAUUGUCCAUUCCUCUGCCUUUUGCUCCCUAUUUCAAUUUUCAUUUACUUGUCAUAGUCCACAUACUUAUGGUGAAUAUAAAUGUUAAAGAGCAUAUAUGGACCUUGGAUUGCCUUUUCAUUAAUCAGCAUAACCUUCAGUCUUUUUUUAAGUUGAGUUUGUUAUUUAUGACACCACGCAAGCAAAAGGGCAAAAACUGAAAAAAAGAAAGAAAAUAAGAGCAAGAGGAAGUACAUAAAACAAGUUUGUGAAUUAAAGGGAAACCUUGAGCUCCAAAUGUACAAAUGGCAGAUCAGCGUAUCAUCGUUUCAAGAUCAGCAUAUCGUCGUUCCAAGGCCGCCAAUGAUGCCUAUCUGAGAGGAGAUCACUCAUCUGCCCAAAAUUUCUCACUGAAAGCCCGAGAAGAAUGGAAUGCUGCUGAACAGCUUAAUGCUAAGGCAGCAAAAGAAAUCCUGCGUAUUAGGAAUUGUGAAAAUGAUCAGUGGACAUUGGACUUGCAUGGUCUGCACGCAGCAGAAGCUGUUCAAGUAUUGCAGGAACAUUUAUAUAAUGUUGAAUCCUUGAAGUCAUCAAACCGCUUGGCAACACCUGAUGCAGUCCACAAGGAAUCACCCACAUUGCUGUCUGCGCCUCUGGAGUCUCUAACUCAUAACGACCUAGAGAAGUUGCGGAAACAGCCAGUACUCAAGCAGAGACGAAAACUAUUACAAGUCAUAACAGGAAAAGGUAAUAAUAGUAAGGGAGCAGCUUCACUUCCACCUGCUAUCAGAAAUUUUCUCACUGAGAACGGGUAUCAUUUUGACGAUGCUAGGCCUGGGGUAAUUACAGUAAUGCCCAAGUUUCGUCCACAGUGAACCAUAAUAACAUUUGCAGGAAUGAAAUAGUUUGCUUCUUCCAUAUUGUUUUUGUGAAUAAACGGGAUCAUUCUGGUUGCUGUUCUAAUUCUAUCUAUGAACCCUACAGAUUGUAUUGUAACUUUAACUAUAAUGAAAUUCAUGAAUUAAUUUGUUUGUUGAUCUGCU